AUGUCGCGUAGGUGUUACAGUCAGCCAGCCGAACCGAACGAUGUUGCUGUCCUCGGAGGAGGUAUCACUGGUCUCGCUACCGCACACUACCUUGCACGAUCGAACCCCAAUCGCAGAGUCACCAUCUACGAAAGCUCACCGCGGCUUGGAGGCUGGUUGCACACAGAAAAGGUCGAAAUAGAUGAUGGACACAUUCUUUUUGAGAAAGGCCCAAGAACGCUCCGUCCAGCUGGCAACGGUGCUCUCGUCGCUCGUCUAGUCAAUCAGCUCGGUCUUGAGGACGAUACCAUUUUCACCAUGAAGACCGCUCCUGCUGCAACAAAUCGCUACAUCUACUACCCGGAUCACCUUGUUCGUGUGCCAGCACCAGAUCCUCAAAAAGGCUUCUUGGCGAACGCGCAUGCCUUUGCCUAUGCUCUGGCGUUCGAACCAGCCUUCAAGGGUAUCCUUUCACGCGUCUUGCUCGAGCCUUCGAUCCACGCUAGAGAUUCAAGCGUGACCGAUGAGUCUGUUGGUGACUUCUUCGUCCGCCGUAUUGGUCGCAGGCUGGUGGAUCAAGUCAUGUCUGCCGUUGUUCACGGCAUCUAUGCUGGUGACAUCUACCAACUGAGCAUGAAGAGUUUGUUCCCUAGCAUCUGGAGAUUGGAAGAAGAACAUGGCAGUGUUCUUGCAGGUCUGGUACACAAUAUGGCCGAAGGAGCGAAAGUCCCUGCCAAUGAGAUCGACUUCAUCAACGCCAUGAAACAACCCUAUCCAUUUGGUUCCGACUUCCGAAAGAACUUCCGAAGGUCCAACGUUUUCACUUUCCGUUAUGGUCUCCAACAGUUGGUCGAUAAGUUGGAAGAGUCCCUAAAGAAACAAUCGAACGUGGUCUUCCAAACAAAUCAGGAAAUCACUGACAUCAAGAAUACCGAACAUAAUGUGGAGCUCGAAUCUAAGCAUCUGACUACAAAGAAACUCUCGCAACACAAGCACACACACGUAAUCUCUACUCUAUCACCAGACACGACAUCAAAGGUCGCCUCGUCGAUGAACCGCGAUUUCCUUACCUUGCCCGUCUGCCCGACACCAACAGUCAUGACUGUAAAUCUCUACUAUCGCACGCCAGACCUCAACCCGCCUGGCUUCGGUUACUUGAUUCCUCUUGGUAUUCCAAUCGAUCAAAAUCCCGAGCGUGCUCUCGGAAUCACAUUCGAUACUGCUUACUCUGCUUCAAGUCCGGACGACAAGAACUUCAGGGGUCCCGUGCAGGACACUGUGUCAAAGCGUGGCACCAAGGUCACAGUCAUGCUGGGAGGUCAUUACUGGGACGGCUGGUCAUCUCACCCUACCAAAGAAGAAGGCCUGGCGAUGGCACAAUCUGUCAUUGGAAGGCACCUCGGCGUCACAGAAAAACCUGCUGCACACUCGGUCAACCUCAACUACAACUGCAUUCCUCAGUACACUGUAGGCUUUGAGGACAGAGUAAAGAGAUUCCACGAUGAACUCCAGUCUCGUUACUCUGGCCGCCUACGUGUUGCUGGCAACUGGGUCAGAGGUGUCGGUGUCAAUGACUGCAUCAGAAGCGCUUGGGAGGUCGCCCGAGAACUUGACACCAGCAAUUUGACCGGGCUUGAGUGGAUCGUCAAGCCCAAGAAAUGGGUCACGGUCAAAGUCAAAGGCAGUUGA